AUGCCUCCUUCAAGCAAGUCUUCCAAAUCCCACUCCCCUGAUCUCUGUGAGGAGCUUGGUUACAAGCGAAGUGAUAUAAACUACCAUCUCAACUUGCACCGCAACACUCUUCGCGACGCACCAGCGGGCCCUGCUCGACUCCCAGAUCAUAUCCAGGCUGCCAUUCUUGAGAAUCUCUCCCAGCUGAUCAAACAACGGGGCUCUGAAUAUGGGAAGCGAGCUGCUGCGAAUCAACUUCUGUUGCAACCGUUUGGCUUAAUGAGCCCAUGA